AUGAGCUACAAUAGCAAAACUAUUGAUUUGAUUCUCAAGGUUUAAGAACCAAAUUAAAAGUAAUUCACCUCUUUCCAAUAAUUCUUCAAAACUAAUAACCCACCGCCAUUAUUAUUUGAAAAAAACAUUACUCCAAAAAAUGUCAAAGCAUAACGUUCCUUCUCUAAUAAAACAUAAGAUUCAAUUAAGGAAACUAAAAGAAAAAGUCUUAGCCAACUUAAAUAUCCAGAAUAUAGGAUGCUAAAAAUAUAUGCUAGAAUUAAGCCUGGAGAAUGCUAACUUAACUUUGAUAAGUAAUCAAUUCUUAUUGAAACCAACUCUUAUAAUUUUGAUAGAGUAUUUGAAUAAUCUGCCACACAAGUGGAAAUUUUCGAUGUAGUGGCAAAACAAACAGUAGAUGAUUUUCUUCAUAAUAUAAAUGGAUGCUUAAUAGCAUAUGGACAGACUGGAAGCGGAAAAACGUUUACUAUGUUUGGAGAAUCGAAUGAUCCUGGAAUAGUUUUAAGAACAUUCACACAUUUGUUUAAAAGAAAUUAAGAAACUAUUUAUGUUUCAAUUCUUGAAAUAUAUAAAGAUCAUGUUUAUGAUCUUGUUUCUGGAGUUUAAGACUUGAAAUUGAAAGAAGACUUGUAAUUAGGUUUCUAUGUUGACGGAUUAAAAAAGAUUAAAGUUGAUAAAUUAGAGAGUUGCACUGAAUUACUCUAGAUAGCUGAAGAAAAUAGACAUGUGGCUGAGACUAAAUUGAAUGCCUUGAGUAGUAGAAGUCAUCUAAUCUUGACCAUUUAGAUGGGAAGAGCUAAACUUCAUUUAGUUGAUUUGGCAGGGAGUGAAAAAGUUAAUAAAACUGGGGCUAUUGGUGAAACACUCUAGGAAGCAAAGAAAAUUAAUUAUUCAUUAUCUUGUCUGGGACAUGUCAUACAAUGUUUAUCAUAGGGUUAGGAUCAUAUUCCAUAUAGGGAUUCUAAGCUUACUAAGUUAUUGAUGGAUAGUCUACAGGCAGACUGCAGAACAUCAAUUAUUGUGGCGAUAUCACCUGAAAAUAAAAAUUAAGAUGAAACUGUUUCAUCUUUAAAAUUUGCUUAGAGAGCUAGAUUUAUCAAAAAGGAAAUCAGGAUUGCCACAUAGAAAAAAACAUACAGAGAUUUAGAAUUGGAAAUUAGUUAACUCAAAUAGGAAUUAUUGGAAACAAAAUAGAGAAUGAGCUAGACAAGUUCAGUUUCACAUUUUCAAUGUCGAUAUAUUACUGAUUCUGAAAUUCCUUGUUCUGACAGUUUAAGAUUGACUUAUAGAAGUUUGAACACUGAAAACAAGGAAAACUGUUUGCCCAAUCUCAAAAUGCAAGAAAAUAGUGCUUAAUUAGAAUUAGAUAAAAAGAUCAGUUAAAUUCAGAUAGAAUUACAAGGAUUAAAUAAAGAGUAGAAUUUAGAUAAUGUUAAAAAGCAACUUUCAAAAAUAAAUGAGUUAACUAUUGAAAUGAAGAAAUCCUAUAAACUCUUAGUUAGUACUCAAGGUUUGAAUAACAAUCAUUUACAAAUCCAAAGUUAAUUUAUAGAAACUUAAUAAGAACAAAAUAAACAGUUACAAAAAAUUGCAGAGUAAAUCUCAAAUAUGGACUCUAGCAAACCAAGUUUCAAUAUUGCCAUUAAUAAUAUGAUUAAGAAUCUCUAGUAAUAAUAGAAAUAAAACAUUGAAGAUAUGCAAAGUAAAUUAGAAAAAAUGUAUUAUGAUAUUAAAAAAACUACCAUUGCUUAAGACUAUAAUUUAAGUCAUCUGGCAUUAAAACUAGUUGCAUCUCCUAAUAGAUAACAAUAAUACUAAUAAUAACAAUAUUAAUAAAUAAAAAGAUCGAAAUCAAAAACAAGCAUGAAUCCUUCUGUAAAGUAUUUGAAAAAUAAAAAAUGA